AUGCCCCAUCCCUCCCAUAACACCACCUCUCCCAGCCCGAACUCCACCAACCCCUCCACCCGCGUCAGCAUGGUGCACGCCAUCACAAUCCCCAGCAUAGUUCUCAUGCUCGAAUGCCUCGCCAUCCGCUUCUACCAUCGGCGCCUCACCUACAUCGGCCUCGACGACUGGCUGAUGGCAUGCGCAGCCAUCCUCUCCCUCACCAUCGCAACUCUCGCGCUCGUGAGCUGCAAAUUCGGCCUGGGCUACCACAUCGCCGACCUGCGGCCCGAGUGGGAGCGCGCGUUCAACAUCGGCAAGAUGGCCUUCACAUCCGCCCUCCUCUUCUGCAUCUGCGUCGCCCUGGUCAAGAUAUCCGUCUGCUGCACGUACCUGCGCCUGUUCCCCUCGCGCGGCAACCGCGUGUUCUGCGGUGCGGUGGUCGGGAUGUGCGGCGGCCUGGCGGGGGGCGGGGUGGUGCUGGUGCUGCUAAGGUGCUGGGAUGCAGCGGCGCGGGGGAGCGGGAGGUGUGAGGGGGCACGGGGAGUGCUGCUGGGCAGCGCGGGGCUGAAUGUCGCGGCGGAUGUGGUGGUGUAUCUGUGGCCGGUGGGGCGGGUGUGGGGGGUGCGGUUGCCGUGGCGGGAGAGGUUGGGGCUGGUGGGGGUGUUUGGGUUGGGUUGUGUGGUGCCGGUUGUAGGGGUUUGUCGGAUGUGUUACCUGGAGGCGUACUUUCGCGACUAUGAGACUCGGAUCGACGCAGCAAUCGUCUACGCCAUUGCCAUUACCGAAAUGAACGCCGGCAUUAUCUGUGGUAGUCUGCACAGUAUCAAGCUCGUCCUUGCGUUCUUCUGCCCAUGUCUGUUCGCUCAGAGAAGGGGAAGAGAAAGCGAGGAGCAGCAUGAUAGCGAUAUUUCUUUGGUCGCAUUCAGAAGCGUAAGGCGGAGAAAUUACGCGGAGACUGUGAGCGGAAGCGAGAGUGUGUGGUGGGAGGAUGGGGAUGGGGAAGGGGAAGAGAGAACAGGAGACGCUUUGGCGGUGGAGCCGCGUGAUGGAGACACAAUGAGGCGUCCAUAUAUGCAGCGAACGUUCUCAGAUCCCCUGCAGACAGCGUCGAUGGUCUGGAAUAGGCUUUUGGAAGGGCGGUCGAGGAGUUGGUAGGCCGUUGAGCCGGCAAAACAAGAGAAUGCUGGAUCGUGCGGUCGUUUAUGAUGUUCGGGUGUAGUGGUGCUUAACGUGAUAUUUUAGUGUCAAGGUCUUCGGAAGAUGGAUGUGUUGAUGGUUACUUCGGUCACCUUUUGUGACUGCACAGCGUGCACGCGGAGGCUACCCUGCGUCUAUGAAAUUUAUAUCUACGCGGUUGAAAAUGUGAAAAUUUGUAACCGAGAAAGUCAUAUUCGAGGUAGGGCUCCUUCGAUGGAGUGGGGACCAAAUAAGAUGGAUGUCUUUAACCACGG